CGAGCCAAUGAGCGGCGCGACCGCUCCCCUCGCAGAGAGAGACCCUCUGGUCCAAGGAGGGCUGGGCGGCAGGACCGCAGCCCCCUCCCGCCCGGCGCGCUCAUUGGCGGCAGCGCAGUUUGGCUCUGGGAGCGGAGCCGCGAGGAAAGGAGCAAGGCAGGCAGACGGGCGGAGGAGGAGGAGGAGGAGGAGGAGGCACGCGUCUUCAACCAGAGAGCGUUCUCACAGAGUGGCAGCGUUCUGGGACUCUCCCUCCCCGCUUCCUCUUCGCAAGUUUGCCCGGAGAAAGUUGGCUCCCCGGUGCCACCCGUUCCAGCGUGUGAGCCUGACCGAGAGAGAGGAGAGAGAGGGAUCCCUGGCUUCUGGGCGUCCCUGGCUGCUUCCUGUCCGCGGCGGGGCAUGUGGAAAUGGCCGGUGACAGCAGCCCGGGGGUCUUUCGGUGCUUGCGACGCUUCGGGCUCUGGCUGCUGGCUGCGGCGGCGGUGGCGAUGGCUGGGCUCGGCGUCGGCGGCGGGGUCUCGGCGCUCAAGAACCCCAGCUGCCACGAAGUGAGGACGGCCUUUCAGAUCCGACAGAUCGGGCCCCUCAAGCUGGUUCCCGACGUGCCCACGGCCGCAGAUUCCAACUUGCAGAUCUGCCAACAGAGAGCACCAACCUGUUGCACUAAGAAGAUGGAGGAAAGCUAUCAAGCAGCUGUUCGAAGAGAGAGGAUGGAGAACAUUCAGACUCUAAAUUUUGAAUUAAAAUAUAUGAUUGUUGGUCACAUUACAGCUUUUCAAGCCGCCUUUGAGUCCUUGCUUCGUUUUGCAGAGAACCAUACAACUUCCCUGUUUGACACCGUCUACAGAUCCAUGUCGAAGGAAGCAGUAGAGCCUGUCAAGGAGCUCUUUACAGACAUCUCUCUCUAUCUCUUGGGUGCACAGACCAAAGUGGAAAGAGCCUUUUUCCGGUUCUUUGACAGCCUCUUCCCUUUGGUUUACAGCCGUCUAAUAAACCCAGGAAUCACAGAUUUAUCAGAAGAGUACACAGAAUGUCUGCGCCUAACGCGGCAAGAUGUAAAUCCAUUUGGACGCUAUUCUAAAGAAGUGGUUACAGAGUUAGCCAAGUCUCUCAGGGCAAACCGAGUAUUCAGUCAAGCCCUUGGGAUGGGCACUGAAGUCUUGAAUGCCACUGAGCAUGUGACUUUGACAAAGGAAUGUACCCGAGCGCUCGUGAAGAUGCAGUAUUGCCCUCAUUGCCAGGGCCUAACGUUAAUAAGGCCUUGCGAAGGGUAUUGUCUGAAUGUUAUGAGGGGCUGUUUUGCCAGUGUAUCUGAACUGGAUGUUCCAUGGAGGGAAUAUAUUUAUACUCUGGAAUAUCUCAGCAAUGAAAUGGCUGGAGCUCAUGAUCUGGAAUUGGCACUUUUGGGGAUCCGCUAUUCAAUCAAUGAGGCCAUCUUGCAUGCACAAUUGAAUGGACCACAGCUGUCUGCAACUGUAGAUAAAGUGUGUGGACAGCCUGAAGAAAAGAGUGUGAAACCUUUACCAGACAACAUAGUUCAAGCAAAGGAAAUAAUUGAAUCACCAUCUCUCACAAUGACACAUUCGGCUUCUCUGAGCAAUAAAAGGAGUUCUCUGCCUCUGAAAGCUUCAAAGAAUGACAAAUCCAGAAGUUUGAAAAAAAUGUCCCGGGAAUUCAUCACUUACAUGAAACGAUCCAGAACUCUUUAUGCCUCUUUAACAGAAAGGCUCUGCGAUGGGGAUCUUGUGAUGAAAGACAGUUCAACUUGCUGGAAUGGAGAGGAUGUAGUAGAAAGUUACACAAACCGAGUGGUGACCAAUGGAUUGAAGGCACAAAUCGAUAAUCCAGAACUGAAAGUCAAAGGGUUGGACCCACACAUCAGCAAUUUAAUUGAGAAGUUGCAACAUUUUAAUCAACUGGCGACUGAGAGGACACAUUUAAAAUCAGAAAGAUGGAGCACCAGGGAAGGUGGCAGUGGGAAAGGGAUGAAUGAAGGGAUGGAAUCAAGUGGAGACUGUGAUGAUGAAGAUGGAUGUCAAGGGUCAGGUGACAAAACCUACACAAAAGAUAUUCUCGGAGCUAAUCCAGGCGACAGGAAUGGAUCCAAAACAACUGUGAAAAAGAUGGAUGACACAGCCACAGUGAUUAUAAAGUCAUCUCCUAAACAUAAAGGGGACAGCGAUAAGAGCAGUCAAGUGUCAAGUUCCUUGCUCUUCGUGAUAACAGCCACAGCAGUUGUGUGGCAUUUUUUGUCAUAGCUGCGUUAUUCUGCAGUAACUGUGCAAUUUCUGUUCACUGUCAUUUAUACCCACAGCCUUAUUCAACUGAAAACCAAGUCAAAUGACUCUUUGAAUUGUGCACUCUAGUAUUAUGUGGUAUGUUAGUAUAAGAAGUGCUAAAUAUUAGUCUGAGACUGGUUAACAACAAGCAUCUAAAUAUCUACACAGCGUAUAGAGAUCGUUGCACUGAUAACAUCUCAUCUGCUCAACAUGUAAAGAGGAUGAAGACAAGAAACCUGAGUAGAUUAAGUUAUUGUGAUAGAUACCAUUAAGAAUGUUAAAGUUGUAAAUUAAUAUGUCACAAUUUCUCAUCUCUUUCUUCUUUCAUAGGAGUUCCAUUGAAUAAUCAGAUUUCAAGUACAGCUGAUUAAGUUUUAUCUGUAGGGAUCCGCCACUAUGUUCUGAGCAAAAAGGGCAGCAGUCACUAAUAGUUGGAUAAAACUCUGAAGUGGUUGAGAAAUUCAUAGCUUAUUUGAAUCUCUUAUUUUCAUUUUUAAUGUUUAGAAUGUAGAAAGCAAUAUACAAACCAUAUGCUGUGUUUAAUGUAUCAGUAUAGUUGCCUUAACUAUAUAGUGACAUGUAAAAAUACCUCUCGGGUUAUUUUGAAACAUCCAGAACAAUUUCCCUGUCUACGGUCUUCAUACUACAUGCUUAAGACUUGACUGUUUUGCAAAUAUCUGACAAAUGGAAAAGUGGAAGAUGGGACUAUAUUAGAGUUUUGAGAUAAAAGUAGUUGUUGAGCUGAAGUUUAAUGCCAAGAUCCAAUGGGGCAUGAUUGGAGUGAAAAAUCUUGCACACAUAGCUGAGCUGGAUUUAAUUAUUGUGGCUACAGUCAUGUGAGGAAGCUUCCAGUGCAAGUGUAUUGCAGAACAGCUGCACAAUAGAAAAAAACGCAGGAAAAUGUACUAGAACAAUAAAAAUCAUUGGCAGAGUGAAUGAUCUUAGAUUCAGAUCAUCAUGCAUGUACGGUGCAUCAGUAAAGAUGGCAAAAGCUCUAAUCCAGCACUCUUGAGCAACAGCUGCGGAGUUCAUUCCUAUUUGAAAGAAAGGAAAUGUGAGACACUUUUCAGUUCUUUAGUGCUCCUCACAAAUAACUGAACAACACUGUUCAAACUUAGAGUGCCUCACAAUGGGAAAAGUUCCACUCUUAAUCUUUUGCACAGAGGAGGCAGAAUCCAAUCUUGUUGCCAAAGGAAUGUGAGGUGCCUUUGCUGAACUGGAGCAAAAUACACACACAUAAAUAACCAUCACUCCUUUUACCCCACAAGGGACACUGAUGCACUGUAAAUCAACAAUGUCCAGUGUGACCCAUAGUUGCUGGGUAGUUAUGUUUUUUUGUUCUGUGUCAGGAAAAAAUAAACACAAACCAAGAAGGAUCCAUUCUGUUAUUUGCUGCUUUUUGUCUAAUACAGCUCUCCUGGCCUGGUACAUAGAAUUGUAUUGGCUGGGGUUGAUGAGAGGUGGAGUCAGUGCAGUUGGAAGGCACCAGCUUGAGAAAAGGCUACUUUAAUAUAUAUUUUCUCAGUCCCCCUCAUGUUUUUAGUUAUUAAGCAAAAUUAAUGUAUCUUACAGUGUGACAAGAUGUUACAAGAUCACCAUGAGAUAGGGUAGGACUAAUAUAUGGAUUUUUGAGAGCUGUUUUUACAAUGUUAUUAAAAAUAUAUACACCGCAGGCUGAGUAAACUGAGAGUUAUAACAAAGUGGACUAAAUCUAGCAUUAGCCCUACCUAGAAGUCAGUGGGAAUGACAUUAGUUGAAGCUGUCCAAUCCCAUUUAUUUAAUUGGAUCUGCUCUCGGUAGGAUUAAUGUUGAAUUUAUUUCAUGGAUUUAUAUUUGCUAACAAAGCCAAUAAUUCACAAAACUGAUUCAUUGUUUUCACAGUAAUGAAUAUUACAGUGUACAGUUUUAUAAGAUAUAAUGUAAAAUAUUUGUCUUGGAUGUGUGUGCGUGCGUGUGUGUGUGAAGGAGUAUAAGAGCAAUUAUUUCAGCAGUUUGAGUCACAUAAAUGUAAAUCCAUUGUAAUGUAUUAACUCUAGUACAUAAAUAUAUUUAGGAUAAAAAUGUGAUACAAUUAAACAACUUGUCCUUUCACGGUGUUUUGACACACACAACAUUUUUGACCUCCAUGCAGUAGCCAUUCACUUCAGUGUACCUUUUAUGCACACAUCCUUUCUAUGUAUGAUGCUCCAUUUAUCCUGACUAUAUAUGUCAACCUAUAACAAUCUGAUGCUGUCUUUCGUCUCCAGCUCCCAGCAUUUCUUACCAUUGGCAAUAUCGAUUAGAGUGGCUGAAGGGAGUUGAAGACCAAAACAUCUGCAGGUUACCAGAUUGCAGAAGGCUGAUAAAAGGGUUAUUAAUAGUUUUCUCUUUACAUGUCUUCAUUUUUUAACAUUUAAGUCAUGAGUCAGCCAAAUAUAAGCUCUUUUGUUCCACUGAUUGUUUAGAAGACUUGAGCAAUCCCAUUAAAACUAGGGAAAGCUAGAAAUGCUCAUCUUUGGAUUGAUUGUGUAAUAAAUUUGAACCCUUCAUGGAGCUGAAUGAAACUCUUGAAGCAGUACAUCUAAAAGACUAUGAAACCAGAAGACAAGUUGGGUAUUUUAAAAACCCUUACAGCCAUCUGGCCACUUUCUAUGUGAAAAUGACUCAUUUUGAGUACAUGGAGUUAACAAUAUUGGAUUUAUUCUUGUUCACCCAGUUGUAUGAGAGCUUUGUGAAAGGUCUUAUUCUCUAAUUCACAUCCAGACAUAUGUCCCAACAAAGAGAUACUUUACAAAAUACCAGUUGCAUUCACAGUUUAGCAACUACAAUUGAAGUGAGCAGGGAAAGAUAUUUUGUUGAGCUAUUAUCAUUGUUAUUAUCUAUUUUAUUUAUUACAUUUCUACCACACCUCCUAUCAUCAGUGAGCUCAAGGCAGUGUUCUUCUCUCCUCUUUAUCUGCUCAAUAUCCCAGUGAUGUAGGUCACUGACAGAGAAAUUGAGAGCAAGAGACCACAAAAGACUGGAUAUUAUUAUCAAAUGGGUUUUGUGGCUCAAUGACCCUUAUCUCUCAUGUCCCAGUCCAACACUCCCAGUUCAAGAAUUCUUGGGCUUUGGUCUUCCAUAUGAUGUAGACUUCAUCUCCCAGUUCCAGUCAAUAUAGCCAAUGCAAAUAAAUUCUGGAAACUGAAAUUCAAAACACCUAGAGGACUAAAAUUGAAAACCACUGCUUUAAUCACUAUUCCACACCACCCUUAAUUUAUAAUCAAUACUGCAUUAUUGAAUAUUUAUUAGGUACUGUAUCAGAUACUGUAUUGCAUCUAUACUGAUACAGUAUUAGAUAUGUAUCUGUUUUUUUGCAAGCGCUUUUCUUUUUAUGAACAAUAAUAAUUAAAAUUCUGUUUGUUAAAAUUGUUAUUGUUAUCCCCAAAGUCUUCCAACUAUUAGAGAUUCACACUGUAAAAAAAAACACAGCACUAUUUUCACUGCCUCUAUAAGACCACCCUUUGGAAAUGAAUUUGUAAUUGUUUAGCUUGUUCAAGAUUGCAUGUGUUAAAGGGAAGCAACAAGUGGCCUUCUAUGUAUCAUUGUGUGAUCCCUAAAAGACAAGUGAUGCAAAUAAACAGGGAUUUCCCUUUGUCAGAAAAGAUAAAACGAUGAGAGACAUACUUUAAUUCAGGUUGCUACACUACGACUAAUCAGAAUUCGCUGGCAGUUUAAUGAAAUACACAGAAAUGCUAUUACACUCUGUAAUAACCAAUUGUUUUAUUUCUUUGUAAAAUGCAUUAAAAUCAUCAUGCAGGUACAUAUUCUUGUAUUUUUAUCACAGCACUCCAGCUUUUUAACCAUUAACUAAUAAUUUGCAAUAGUGCCAUUUGCACUGAAAGCAACUCUGUCAACUGAAAACAAUCCUUUGUUGCCUGCUAAGCAAUUAACAUUUGCUCAAUUGGGCUGUUACAAGAGAAGGCGUAAUUUGUCCACCACGACCUUUCUGCACACUUAAUUAGUAAGAAUGUGGAAUGUUGCCUAAAGAACAAACAUUCAAUUUGGGGGUAAAGAAGAGAUUGAAUGUAUUGUUAAAUUUAUACAUUCUUUGCAAUUGUACAAAUGUUUUUCAGCAAGAUUUUUUUAAUGGUCUAUACAAAAUUGCUCUUGCCCAUCACUGAUCUGUGUUUCUGACUUUCAAAUGUACUGUAGGAAAAGCCACAUGGUUAGGAAUCCAGGAUUUUAUGUUGAGUUUGUAAAAACCAGGUCAUAGUACUUUAAAACUAUGUUGUGCUAAAAAUUGAAUAGCAGGGGUGUCCCCAUUCCAACCACACCCUGCAAGGAGAAUCCAAAAAUGCAAGCAGCUGAUUGGUCCAUGUCAGAAAACUAGUUUUAGCAGUUUUCAUUUAGGAGCACAUCUUUUAUGAAGCUUAAUCCUCCAUUCAAGAUCAAAAUCCCUUUCCCUCACUACCUUGCAUUGCAAUAGGCCUAGCUUUUGCUGAGGAAAACAGAUCCUUUACUACCUACAAGUGUCAAUUCACUUUUUAAAGAUGAGUGCAUUUAUGUGUUCAGUGUGGGCUUUACUCCUGGCUAUAUUUCUCAUAAUUGUAGACUUGUAAGGGAUACUAUGAUACUUAGUCAAAUAUCUGCUGAACACUGGAAUAAAAAUCAAAUUAACUGCCAUUGGCUGAUAGAACUAUAGAAACACUUUGAGUCGGGAUAGCACCUAUAAUUUGAUCAUAGAUGAUAGCCAUGCCUCUUCCUUUAAGAAAUAUUAGUCAAACUGAUACUCAACUGGAAAGUGAGAUGAGUUUUUUUCAUUUGUUCCUAUCCCUGAGAGAUAAAAGGAGAUACAAAUCAAUAAAAGCUCUGAGCUAUUAUGCUAGUUCCUUUGUUUUGACAUUGAGAAAAUACUAAUUAGAAGUAUGCUUGGGAAUGAAUCAGUUCUUGACGAAAGCUUGUUCAUUUCUGUUCCACUAAUCCUAGUCCUUUGUUUCCAUCACAAUCUAUAUGUGUAAAUUUUUGUCUCUAUCACAAUCUGUACCAUCAUGCUUAUCUAGAAUCUCUUGGAAGCCAUUUUCCAGUCUUUCUUCCCAAUUAUUUACAGAGUGCAUAACAGCUUAAUCAAGCCAGCCCUGAUGAAAAAAAAUAUAUAAUUUUCUGAAUUACAAUGGACGUUUGAAUAAAUAUAGACACUUUGAAAAUAA